AUGCGCCUAGCAGCGAAGUGGGCAGCUGGGGACAUGGGAGAGACCACAGUGGACAAUGAGGUGCGGUCCCUGUCGACUCUGCCGUAUCGUUCUGACGCGGCGGAAUGUGGAGUCGGUCGCUUUCUCGUGGAUUUUAAGGCAUUCUGCAAGAAGUGCAUUGUCAGUGAUGAUGUGAUCAAACGGCUCGCGAGUAAGGAAGAAGAUGGAGAUAUCAGGCUUCUUAUCGAUCUUACGAGGGCUCGAGUACAUGAUCAGCAGCAAAUACGUGCGGAAAUCGACAUGGCAGCGAUAUCACUUCAACGCCAGAAGAAGAUUGCAACGACGCUGGUCGCCCAGUGGAACCAUCACAAAAACGAGGAGUCCUUCAUUGGCGCACCGGCUGCAGAACAGAUGCGCCUAACAACUCAGUUAUUGCGCCAGGCGGAGGUGACGAAGGAAAGAAUCCUUCGCAUGGGAACUCGUUACCUCAUCAUGGAUUCCUGGCACGAGUACAUGACGGAAUGGGGAGACGUUUCUGGCUUCCAGCGACAAGACUGGCUCGAACUUAAGCGCGACUACGCUUUUGGACCGAGAGCAAUCGUCGAGUUAAUCCAAAACCAGUGUGACAUCCUGAACAUCGAAAUUGAGGAUAUGAAGGCGAUGUUGCUGCGUCAAGAGAAAGAGCUGACUGAGCCAGAUCGUCUCACGAGUUUUCAAAUGCAGAGGAUCCUGAAAAGGGAAAUCGAGUCGUUGCAAGAUCAUCUCAGCCGCCGUUCGGAUGUUGACGAGCUUACCAAGAAAGUGGAGUCACAGAGUUUAGAGAUUGCUUCAAUCAAGUCCAACAUGAGGACCGUGGAAGUGGUUACAGCGCCGGAGCCUAUCGUGGAGUGUGGUGAAGAUGAUCAGCAUAUCGAGUUUGAUCCACGCGUAGCUGAAGAAGACCGUCAAACUGUGGAACUGGACGAAGAAAAUGACGAUGAAAACCACUGGAAAAGGAUGUAUCGAGAGCGUACUAUUCUGUUUACUUUGGCUGCUGCUGAACCAGAAGUAAAGAUCAAGAAAGGUGUUGUCUACAUUGACACAAGUGUUGGAAACCUGCGUGCCAUCCAGAAACUGUUGUUGACCCUCAGAUGCAAAGUUCUCUUUGAAACAAGCCAAAAGUUCAUGAUUUGUAUAUUAUCACAUUUCAGGCUCGCGAGUAAGGAAGAAGAUGGAGAUAUCAGGCUUCUUAUCGAUCUUACGAGGGCUCGAGUACAUGAUCAGCAGCAAAUACGUGCGGAAAUCGACAUGGCAGCGAUAUCACUUCAACGCCAGAAGAAGAUUGCAACGACGCUGGUCGCCCAGUGGAACCAUCACAAAAACGAGGAGUCCUUCAUUGGCGCACCGGCUGCAGAACAGAUGCGCCUAACAACUCAGUUAUUGCGCCAGGCGGAGGUGACGAAGGAAAGAAUCCUUCGCAUGGGAACCCGUUACCUCAUCAUGGAUUCCUGGCACGAGUACAUGACGGAAUGGGGAGACGUUUCUGGCUUCCAGCGACAAGACUGGCUCGAACUUAAGCGCGACUACGCUUUUGGACCGAGAGCAAUCGUCGAGUUAAUCCAAAACCAGUGUGACAUCCUGAACAUCGAAAUUGAGGAUAUGAAGGCGAUGUUGCUGCGUCAAGAGAAAGAGCUGACUGAGCCAGAUCGUCUCACGAGUUUUCAAAUGCAGAGGAUCCUGAAAAGGGAAAUCGAGUCAUUGCAAGAGCAUCUCAGCCGCCGUUCGGAUGUUGACGAGUUGACGAAGAAAGUCGAGUCCCAGACUUUGGAGAUUGCCUCGAUCAAGUCCAAUAUGAGGACCGUGGAAGUGGUUACAGCAUCGACGCCUGUCGUGGAGUGUGGUGGAGAUAAUCAGAAUAUGGAGCCUGAUCUACACGAAGUCGAAGAAGACCAUGAAAACGUCGAUCUAGAUGAAGAAGACGACGACGAAGGCCACUGGAAAAGGAUGGUGAGCGAGGUCACGGAUGCGAAAAGGAGCGGAGGAAACUGGUACGAGGACGAAGAACCGGCACCCAAAACCCGAAGAGUCGAGUAUUCUGAACCAAUAAUCGCUGGUCGCAUUCGAGUGUUGCGUGAAAAUUUGAGAAGAAUGGAAUCAGAUUUCGCACGUUUUCCUUACCGAGACAGACACGACCAGUCUCGGGGAAUCCCUCGUGACAGGGACUGCGCGUUUUGUGGUGCAGUGGGCAUUCACUAUUCUGAUGCUUGCCCUCAAUUUCGGAAUGGAAAGACGCGUUACGAGAUUAUACUUCAAAAGAAAUGGUGCCUCCACUGCCUCGAGGGUCCAGAGAAACACAAAUGCAGAUAUCGCCUCAGGAAAUGUUGGUACUGCCUCAGACUUAAAGGCACGGUCUUUGAGGAUUUAUGCCCGGAGGAUAAAGGAUUCCACCAUCGCGCAGUUUGCAAUGUCCCGGAUUUGAAGUUCGUCGCCCGUUCACGCGUUGAGGACACCCAGAGAGAGUUGUGGCAGAUGAUGAGCGAGCCGGAGCCACGCGGAGGAGGACGCCAUGCUGAGCCCGGAGUGACGACGACGUCAAAGAGAUCAGGAUGGACCAGGGAAUGA